AUUAAUUAUCCUACCCCUCCAGAUGGAGAACUGCACUCAGCCGACAGUUAUCACCAAAGAUUUCUGCGUGGUGUUUUACUCCCGUGACACAAAGCUUCCAGCCUCCCGAUCCAUCAGGAACUUCUUCAGCACCGGCUGCCUCAGGCCCUCAGAGAGUAAUCGUGUCACUGGAGUUUAUGAGGUCACUCUCUGCCACGUUGCAGACAACGGAAGUCCAGGAAUGCAGCGUCGUCGCAGGCGUGUCCUUGACACCUCUGUGGCCUACGUGCGAGGAGAGGAGAACCUGGCGGGUUGGAGACCCCGCAGCGACAGCCUCAUCCUUGACCACCAGUGGGAGCUGGAGAAGCUCAGCUUACUGCAGGAGGUGGAGAAAACCAGGCAUUACCUCCUGCUGAGGGAAAAGCUCGAGGCAACUCUGCAGGCAGGGCAGGACGCGCUUUACAAGAGCGGCGACAUUUGUGACUUUGCAAAGAGCCCCGUCCUCAGCAGCAGUCCGAGCAGCAGCCCCGCUCCUGACAGCCCCAACCAGAGGCAGAGGGAGCUAGCUGCUAAGUGUCUGCGCCUGCUGAUGCACACGUUCAACAGAGAGUACAGCCAGGUGAGCAGCAGUGCCAGUGAAAGCAAGCUUUCAGAAAUGUCUGCGUCACUCAUGAGGGACUCGUCCUCCUCUGGCCUGAGCACACUGACUCCCUCCUCUACUUGCCCCUCAUUGGUCGAUGGCCAUUUUGACAUCCGGCUCACCGAACCGAGCUCAGGAGCAUCGACACCGGACCUGGACCCGUUCAGCCCAGUGGACAGAAAGAAAGCUCUGAGAGGAUACACCUUUGUUCCUGACAUACAAGAGAUUCGCGUCAGCCCCAUCGUGUCAAAGAAGGGCUACCUGCAUUUCUUGGAGCCCCACAGCAGCGGCUGGGUGAGGCGCUAUGUGGUCGUGCGCAGACCCUACGUCUACCUGUACCGCAGCGAGAGGGACAACGUGGAGAGGGCUGUCAUCAACCUGUCCUCAGCUAAAGUGGAAUACAGUGAAGAUAAACAGACAUUACUCCGGACCCCUAACACGUUUGCGGUGUGCACUGAGCAUCGUGGGAUACUGCUGCAGGCCGCCAACGACAAAGAGAUGCAUGACUGGCUGUACGCCUUUAACCCUCUGCUAGCUGGUACCAUCAGGUCCAAGCUCUCCAGGAGAAAGUCAGUCCAGUCGCUCCCGGCUGCUCAGCGGAUCUAACAGGUGAACCAGCCUCGAGGAACAACAAACAGCAAAAGAACAAACAAUCUCAAAAGCUCGCGUCAGCGUUCUCCUCUAAUAAACACAAACCUGAUAGCAAAUGUCUCCAUAGAUACGAUGACCAGCCCUGUCUCAAGAAUAACUCGAUUACUCUGUCGAGAACCCGACCUUGGUCUGUUUUUGCAGUCGCCUCCUCCAGCCUUGCAUGAUAUGCUCCCUUUUGACCUUUAGAAGAGUUUACAAGGAAAACUAACAACGCGAACCUGAUUAUUAACUUUGUUUUUCUGAUGGACGUUUGGGGCUUGUUCUGAGUAGUUUCAGUGUACUCGUAGGAAUAGGUUAUCCGUAAGACUACCCCGUUUCCUGUAAAAAGAUAUGUGACCAGUUCCUCUUUUAUCAUUACUAAAAAUAGGUACUUGUAGUAAACCAGACAUUUACCACUUACUGCAUCAGAAAGGCAAAAGGAAAGCAUCAACCUGAAUUCUUCUCUGUGUAGACCUGUGUACAGUGUGGGGAUGAUAGCUUCAUAUACGUCAUACAUAUACUGUAAAAUACCUCAGUUUGGAUCUGCUUGAUGCAGCAUGAAAUUCUUCACUGCAGAAACAUCAGAUGGCAAAGAGG